UUAUAUUUUCAUGAUUGUGUCGCCAAUAAAAGUUUUCUGUGUUAUUUUCUUGCUACCAUUAUCGACGUUAUCUUCUAUCAACUAAAUUUAGUUUGUUCACUAUCGGGACAGUUUUGCAUCCAGCAUGUCUUUGGUCAGUGCCAUCGCUGCCCUGCCAGACGAAAACUACGAUCCUAUCGAUUUUAUAUAUGUCUUGACUGCGGUAUUCGGGACAAUAUUUGUGGUGGGGCCGCUUCUAGUACCACGCGAUCAUGAAGAUCGACGAUUAAUCAGAAUUUGUAUUAUGGAGACCGCAUUUUGCAUGUAUAUAGCAUGGAUCACGGUGUACACGGCACAAUUGCGUCCAGUCACCGGUCUAACCUUCAAGAACACAAGUCUCGCAUGGAUGAGUUACGGCUGGGGCAAUGGCCCAAACGUGGAGGCAUUCUCAAUUCCAGCGACCACGACCACUACAACGACAACAACCACCACAACGACAACCUCGACGACCUCCACUACAACUACAACGACAACGACGACAACGACCACGACGACAACAACCACGACAACAACCGAGACUACGACUUCUACCACCAUCACAACCACCACCUUUACUACUACAACGGCAACAGAAGAACCUGAACCGUAUUAUUUCAAAAUUCAUGAAAAACUCCCAGGCACUGUUGAAAACCAAACGACAAACUUCAAAGUUCCUCCAAACAAGGUCAGUGAGACUAAAAAAAUGACACACAGAAUAGUAUUUAGACAGAGAAGAUUUUGCGACCAAGUGUGUUUCAAAGUAUUUUUAAGAAGGGAUUUUAGCCAGCCGUUACCACAUUAUCAGGUACAUGUUGAUCCUACAUGGACUUAUUUAAAACAUAUGCCUUCGCGGGCCUAUUUCUAUUUGAACAACUUAAGACUAACAGAUGAUAAGUGGAGAACCUUUUGGAUAGAAUGGACUAGCGAUCCGGUCGCCCAGACCACUGAGGUGACCGUGGGCAGGCAGGGUGAGCCGCCUUUUGGGAGACUAACAAAUGCAUUUUUAGCUGUCGGUGAAGUUGAUUUUCAGUCAACUUGCCAUAGUGAAGUGCAGCUGAUAAGCGGUCUUGAAGUAGGACCAAGAUUUUCGAACAUCGGUGGUUAUGGCUUGCGAAGAAAGAAUGAGAGACCAAAGCAAUUGAAAGAAAUAUUAAAGAAAUACACAGAUGUGUUAAACGUGACAGCUUCAUACAAAUACUACGUCGCAAGAGAAGAACCCAUUCAAAUCGGCGUGUUCUUGGGCAGACACGUAUGGAGAGAAUUCUUCGUUGCACUCUGUUCAGAACAAUAUGAACAGGAGCCACGUAUUUUGAUACAUAUCGGUGAAAUUUAUGGCACGUAUUGCACUAUAUCCAAGAACGGGACGCUUGCAGUUCGCGAACGGUGUGAUAAUUUACAAUGGCGGAGAAACACCUACCUUCAGUUUUGGAUUUGGCACAAUAAAGGAAAGAUAUCCGUCAAAUCUGGAUAUGACGAUCCUAACCAUUACGCGUCAUUCUUGUCCUGGCGCGACCCACAGCCUUUUAAAGUGAAACUUUUCGCUGUUCGCACCGUAGUUGCGGAACAAAUCCCUAUGGAAAUUGUAGACCAAAAAGUAAUCAAUUUUAUGCAGGACUAUGGUCUUGAAUGAGAAUUAAUAGAAUUAUGUUUUGUCUUUUUACUUGUAGUGCGUUAUCUCCGUGGGCAACAAUAAAACUUUAUUUUUAUUUUAGUCAAUUAGAUUAGAAGUCAAUUUACUUUUCAACUAACAGGCAGGUAGUAGCUAUCUUGUUGUUAAUUUUAUAGAAGCCAUACCAUCAAGCCAUGAAGGUUUGAGCUGAUUUUUAUUUAUCCAUUAAAAUACUAAUUACCUAUUUACUUAGCUUUAAUAAUUAAUUAUAAUGUACUUAUUAAGUGAAUACAAUUACAUCAAUAAAAUGUUGGACAAA